GGUUCGGCUUUUUACGAAAGAGGAGCAGCGGCGGUUCUAGAUCCCCCCGUACUCGUCCUGUCCUUGUUAGGGUUAGGGUUUGCUCUGCAAAGAGAUUUUUUCCUUUUUCUUUAUCUGGUUCUUCGAAUCGAUCGUGGAGGUGGAGCUACCCCACUCGAGCAUGGAUCGGCGCCCCAGAAAGAGGCCGAGGUUGGGUUGGGAUGUCGGCCCCCAGGACCUUAAGGCUCUUUUGGGAAACAAGUUUGAAGGCAAGAGGGUAAAUAAUGAUUUUGUUUGUUGGGUUGGAGAAAUAAAUGGAUGGUUGUGUGUAGGAUCAGAUAGGAAUGUUAUGUGGGCAAGGAGUUGGAGAAGUGACAAGCUUGGUGUCUUCGGGGUCUUCUCCUUCAGACCAUGCUAGUUCUUCUCAGUAUGCAAAGGGAGUGGCUCGAUAUGCUUCCCCCCCUUGGAGAGAAGAUGAUAAAGAUGGGCAUUACAUGUUUGCACUUGGAGAGAAUUUGACCUCUCGCUAUAAGAUUCACAGUAAAAUGGGUGAAGGUACAUUUGGCCAGGUUUUGGAAUGUUGGGAUAGAGAAAGGAAAGAAAUGGUAGCAAUUAAAAUUGUCCGUGGCAUUAAGAAGUAUCGGGAGGCUGCCAUGAUAGAGAUUGACAUGCUUCAACAGCUUGGGACAUGUGAUAAGAAUGGGAGUCGUUGUGUGCAAAUAAGGAACUGGUUUGACUACCGUAACCAUAUCUGUAUUGUCUUUGAGAAGCUUGGGCCAAGCUUAUACGAUUUUCUACGGAAAAAUGGUUUUCGCUCAUUUCCCAUCGAUCUAGUUCGUGAUCUUGCCAGACAACUGUUGGAAUGUGUAGCAUUUAUGCAUGCUAUGCGCCUCAUUCACACUGAUUUAAAGCCUGAGAACAUCCUUCUUGUUUCGCCAGAGUACAUUAAAGUCCCUGACUACAAGGUUUCAAUCAGCCCUCCAAAGGAUGUCUCCUUAUUCAGGUUGUUGCCCAAAUCAAGUGCUAUCAAGGUAAUAGAUUUUGGAAGUACAACUUAUGAUCACCAAGACCAUCGCUACGUUGUAUCCACAAGGCAUUAUCGGGCUCCCGAGGUUAUCUUGGGACUUGGCUGGAGUUAUCCCUGCGAUAUAUGGAGUAUUGGUUGUAUUCUUGUUGAACUUUGCUCAGGGGAAACACUAUUUCAGACCCAUGAGAACUUGGAGCACUUGGCCAUGAUGGAGAGAGUAUUAGGACCUUUGCCCCAGCACAUGCUGAGAAGAGCUGACCGGCAUGCUGAAAAAUUCGUUAGAAGAGGCCGCCUGAACUGGCCUGAGGGUGCAACCUCAAGGGAGAGCAUACAGGCUGUUUGGAGACUUUCUCGGCUUCAGAACCUAGUAAUGAAGCAUGUGGACCAUUCAGCAGGGGAUCUUAUUGAUCUCUUACAAGGCCUUCUUAGAUACAACCCUGAAGAGAGGUUGGCAGCUCACGAAGCUCUCAGGCAUCCCUUCUUCACCAGGAUUUGUCUUCAGAGGUCCUAGUCAUGUUAAGCAUGUGAUGUAGCAUAAUUCAGAGGCUGUUUGCAUCACACCUGUGUUCUGGUUUCUGAUGCACCAAAGAACAGGAGUACAGACUGGAAAUAGGUAGCGUGUCUUAGCUCUUUUCCAAGUGCUAAAAAUUGUAUGUUCAUGUAACCUGACAGCAAAUGAGUCAAGUGAGUUGCUGCUUGCAACCACAAAGCCUGGCCUUGCAACCAGUAUAUUCUCGGAUAACUUGUACCUGUAAAAUUAUGUAUAGAGGAUAUGGGCAGCUUACAGUAUAAAACUCCACAUGCCAAAGUUGUACAUGUCGCUCGAAGAAUUUAUUUGCCCAACUUCCUUGUGUAUAGCUGAAGUCAUAGAAGUGCGAAGUCUAUUGUUUUUUUAUAAUUUCUCUCUGAUGAUACAAUUCU